AUGAUAUUGCAACAGCAAAGGUCGAUCUGGAAGGAAAACGAAGCCCUCAUUGACGAAUGCAUGAGCGCCCUCCGCGAGAUUGAGAUGAAAAUGACACUCUUCUCAGGCGUCGCCGUGGUCACAGGCGCUGCUUCAGGCAUCGGCCGCCAGGUGGCAAUCUCAUUCGCCCGUGAGGGCUGCAAGCGCAUCGCUCUGCUCGACAGAGAUGAGGACGGCGCGCUGGAGACGGCUCGCAUGUGCCGGGAGGCCAACGGGGAGACGCGCACUUUUGUCAUGGAGAUUGACAACCGCAACGACGAGGACAUUGCAUCGUGCAUGGAGAAUGUUGUAGAGGAAUGGGGCCGGAUCGAUUAUGCAGUUAACUGCGCUGGCAUGUUUGGACCAAAGGCACCGUCGCACCUCCUGACGCCCGCCGAGUUUGACGAGAUCACCAACAUCAACUACCGCGGCACAUGGCUAUGCUCGCGGGCGGAGCUCACGCAUAUGAUUAAGCAGGAAUCCAUGAAGACGCACGACGGCAGACCAGGGAACCGGGGGGUCAUUGUCAAUGUUGCGAGCAAUCUCAGCCUGGUUAGCCGGCCAGAGACACCAGCCUACAACGCAUCCAAGGCGGCUAUCUUAAGUAUGACGAGAAGCGAUGCCAUCGAUUAUGCAAAGUAUAAUAUCCGCGUCAACUGCGUGUGUCCAGGGAUCAUUGACACGCCCAUGACAAGUGAAGUCUCAUCAGAUGAUCCCAUGAUCGCAGUAGCGCCAAUGAAGCGGAAAGGAACGCCGCAAGAAGUCGCCGAUGCCGUCUUAUUCCUCUGCAGUUCUAAGGCGUCUUUUAUCCACGGCGCCUCGUUGUCCGUCGACGGCGGCUACGUUAUCAACUAA